UUCACAACCAAAAAUAAAAGGAAUACAGUUCACACUAGAAGUUAGAAGUAUCCUAACAAAAAAUCAAAGCUUCAAUGGCCUUCAAAUGCAUAGAUGAUUGUGUAAACAUCAAAAGCGACGCCGUUUGCGUUCGGACGGUGACCACUUACGCCAACCUCCACAAGUGGCCGAUGGCAGAGGCGGAGUUUGUACGGUCAAUCAGCGACGGCGGUAGCAAGCGUCGUACCACGGUGGUGGACAGCAUAUCUUGUAGGCAAAUGUACCUUAGAAGCUACACUUUCACAACAAAAGAGAGUGAAUACGACGGCAGUGGAGGUGGCGGCGGCGGCCGAGAAUCCGGUGACCAGAGAAAUGGAGGAGGGAGAAAGAAGGCGGCGAGGAGGAAGAGCAAAACGUCAUCGUGUAGGAGGUUUGCUUUCAGGCUCGUAUGGAAAUGUUUCUCUUGUGCUUCUUCUACUAAGGUUAAUAUUGAUCCGUGA